AUGAUUUUGAGAUCGCAGCCAGGAUGGAGAAUUUGCGCGGUGGGGACUGGGACGAGACACAAAAUGGUGCCCAUCGUGUUCGAAAUUUGCAACUAAAUACAGGAAUUUCACCGACCUGUGAUUGAAGUUAAAAAUAGCAUUAGUCACGCUGUUGAGCUCAAGAGAGUUGCUGAUCACGUUGGCAUUUGUGGACGAAAAUUAUGUUAGCAUUAAAAAUCUUUCCUUUUUUCAAAUCAAAUAAACACAAGCUUUGAUAUCAUCGCUGGAAGAUAAAUUUUCGGGUCAAAUCUACUUCGGUAAAGGGGUAAAUUUAUGGCGUGGAUUUGCUACCUACCGUUUUUUAAUCAUCGUCGAAAAUUCACCACUGAAACAGCAAUAAUAUUUGUUUUUGCUUCAGUAUCGAGCAGUUUUCGUUCGUUAAUUGACUCGCUGUGUAAUAUGUUCUAUUUGCAAACGUUUCGCUCUUGGUGCAAUUCCUUUCUGUAACGCAAGUCUUAAAUACAGGAAUUGCACCGGCCCGAUUGGUCAACUUCCAGCGGUGAAAAAGGAAAAAGCCGAACGCGAUGAUCUUUCUUCCUUCAGUCCAAAGCCUUUGAUCUUCACUAGCGAAGUUAUUUCGCCCACAGCUCCCGUUCUGAACGCGCUUUCGAGCCGGUGCUUUUCCUGCCUUUAACGCUUCCCAUAAUUAAAUACAGGAAUUGCACCGAAAAAGGACAAGGACAUUCCAAUAUUUGUCUUACCUCUGUGUUUCCUGCUCUUAAUUUGAGUGAAUGUAUAAGGCCUCUAAACAGCGGUAUCUCAUAGUUACGUCAUGUAACCGACACCAAAGUCAAAUAUUUAAACGUUAGGUAGCAAAUCCACGUCAUAAAUUUACCCCUUGAUCCACAGGUCUCUUGAGCUCAACAGCGUGACUAAUGCUAUUUUUAAUUUCCAAUCACAGAUCGGUGCAAUUCUUGUAUUUAGCUGCAAGUGUGUUCGAAGGUUGCACUCGACAUCAAGCUUGUUUUCGGUUGUUUUUCUGUGUUUGAUAUUGCCAACACAGGAAUUCAUACUUGAAAAGAGUGCAAAAAUUGUUAGA